CCUCGAGGAAUUUCUGCUGAUGAGAAACGACGACGAUUGGAGAGUCUGUUUCAUGAAACAAAACAAUUCUACCAGCUGAAGGAACUGGAAAAGAUAGCACCCAAACGGCAAAUAGUCGUACAGUCUGUCAAAGAUACCCUACAAAGUUUAGUGGACGAUGGGCUUGUAAAUAUGGAAAAAAUUGGUAGCUCAAAUUACUUCUGGUCAUUUCCAUCUGCUGCGGCUCAAACGGUAUGUGCUCCAGAACCGCCAUUCAUCGAAAUAUACGCUAAUCAUUGA